UCGCGACACGUGACCACCUCCCAAGCGGAGUUUCCACGACAGCUGGAGCGGCACAGGCGCGUCGCGUCUUUUUUUUAGUGAAAAGCUCGGAGAAUACCGCCGGUUCGAACCCAUCCCCGAAGCCCAGUGGAAGCUGUUCUGGCAUGGGCGACAAGAGGAGUCCCACAAGGCCGAAGCGUCAACCGAAGCCCUCAGACGAGGGAUUCUGGGACUGCAGCGUGUGCACGUACAAGAACACGGCGGAGGCGUUCAAGUGCAUGAUGUGUGACGUCAGAAAGGGGACGUCAACAAGAAAGCCUCGUCCUGUCUCCCAAGUCGUCACCCAGCAGCAGGUCACGCAGCAGUUUGUCUUGCCCCCACAACCCAAGAAGGAGAAGAAGGAGAAAUUGGAACGAGAGCGGAGCGACAAGGAAGGCCCGUUGAAGAAGAACAGUCACAAGAAGAUGAGGCCCCGGUUAAAGAACAUCGACCGCAGCAGUGCGCAGCACCUGGAGGUGACUGUCGGGGACCUGACGGUCAUCAUCACAGACUUUAAGGAGAAGACCAAGCCGGCGUCCACGACCGCCUCCUCCUCCAGCUCCGCCCUCGUCGCUGACCACCACAGCCAAAAUGGGUCCAGUUCGGAAGCCACAGAGAAGGGUCUUUCCUGCUCGUCCUCGCCGCGCGGCGAAGGAAGCUCCGUCAACGGAGAAUCCCACUGAGAGAACUCGCCUGGAGCCAAGAUGUCUUUUGUUUGUCAUGGAAUUUUCAGCAAUUUCUGGCAGAGACUGUGGAAUUUUGAAAAGCAAUACUCCUCCUCCUCCUCCUCCUCCUCGUCGUCGUUGAGUCUUCAGUCUGUAUGGAUUUUGAAAGUAGCUUCCCAAACCCUGUGUUUCUGGAACUGACCCGGUGGGUUUCCCGGGAGACGGUGCCGACACGUCUCCUACUGUGCUCUGUUGCUUGGGAUUUUCACUUCAAGAGGAACGAGCAGCUGUGAAGCCUCGGUGAUCUGAACCUGUUCCAGCCCCUGGUCAUCCUCUUGGACCGGGACCACAGCAGACGUGACGUGACGUGAAGCCGAGGAACUGGUGGACGCGUCGCCGCUUCCCGUCUGCUCUGCUGCUCGACUGUUGAGGAAGACGAACAUGUCGGGUGUGAGAGACCUCCAGGAAGCUUGAAAGAUGGAGGUGCAUCAUGUGGCCAUGAUGAGUGCGGGUUUCUGUGUUCCUGACAAACGAGCGGUGGUGCUGGCGAGUGACGAGCCCAGGGAGUGUCUGGCUCGGGCUGGAAGCGGUGACCUGGGCGAGCCACCUUCAGGCAGGGGACUCUGGGACUUGUGCAUGUGUGACACUGUUGGGACACUUGGAUGGCGUCUAUUUGAGGGGUUUCUUCCAGAUGGCUUCCUUUCCUUCUGAUGCUUCAGGAACUUUAUAUUUGUCAUUUUCACUUGUCAAAGUUUUAGAAUGCAGAGACUAUAGAUGGACUGAUUCUGAACUGUAAAGGCAGUAGACUUCGACAGUAAUAUUCCUAGGAACCAAUGAUGCUUUGAUGUUGUCGUUUGCCAUCAUGUCAGUGUUGCUGUCCUCAUGUUAAUUUAACUCUCGCGCCUCUCGUGGCAUGACGACGUGUUUGUUUGUGUAACAGUGGGUGGGGCUACGUGCCACGUGUUCCUCCAACAGUGGCUGGGAUGAGAAAAAAGGACAUUGAGAAAUGCUUCAUAAUGUUUUGAUUGAAAGGUGUGAAAUGGCUUAUGACCUCGUGUCAGGACACAAUAAAUUUUACUAUAAUGCUCUUGGAUUUCUUCUUGUCUAUCUUUCAGCGGAUGGACCUUUCCUCCGGAAUCUCAUUGGAACCUGUAGUGGGACUGAAUUCUUCAUCCGACACGUUGAGGGGUGUCUGUCCUGCGAUGGUGGCCUGCCACUUCUUCACCUGCUGCCGCUGCUCAGACACGCUCCAUGAAGCUCAGGGCUCUGCCUCCCACGCAGGUCUCCAUUCCUCUCCGCUCCUGUGAGGUGCUCACUGGACACGCACUCGACAUCUGGGGUGAGCUCACGAUCGCUGGCAGGCCAGGGACUCGACUCCUCUUCGCCCCACAAACACGCUGGAAGGCAGUUGCUGGAGGAGCACGGGAGAGAGAGCGCACCCCCCACCGAGGUUCUGCUUUGCUUCAAGCGAAUGAAGCCCUGCAUGAUGGAUGUUCUGAGUGGCUUGAGUGUGGAAACGCUGGGAGUGUUAUGACGAAACCAUCUCGCAUCUUACGCCUCACCAGUGGAUCUUCACUAUCGUGAGUUUUUCGGUAGAAUGCUGACCCAGUGGCGUAUGCCUACCUCGGAUCUUCUGGUUGGCUUUCAGGCUUUUUUGGAAGGAAGUGUGGCUGCCAUCUAGUGGGCAAGGUUGUUCCUUAACAUACAUAUACUGUUGCGCUCCAGUCUUGUGAAAACAUCAGGGCUCUUAAUACAUAUUCACAUGAGGUUGUCCAGUCUUUUGUUUGUUUGUUUUCCUCUCUGAAAUAUAUUUCGAUGGAGGCGAAAUCACCACCUGCAGCCACUCCACUUCAACCGGCGAUUGUCGGGCACGUGCGGGGCGCCCAGAGUCAUCCAGGCCGUUUAAACCUCGGGCGCCCCGACUCUGUGGAAGGGAGGCUGGCCACCGCGGUGAGCUGCCCUCUACCUUCCGGCAACGUUUCAUUGGACAGAUGAGACGAGGGCCGACUCCAGAACACGAGACAUGUUGGGCUGACUCCAGCAACAGUGAAGGAUGAGGUGAGGGUGCGACGGUCUGUGGACGGACCUCGCCUGCUCAUCAUCCACCAAACUGCAUCUGAUCGCUCAGCAUGGACUGUGCCAGAGUCUUCAGGCCCGUGGACCCUGGAAGUGCGGUGUCUAUCCCUGGGCCCUGGGACUCGCCAUCCACCAGGUGUCCGUCCUGCAUAGCAAGAUAUUCAGAAGAUCGCAUCACGCCACGUGUUUGAUUCCGUUUUUAUUUUGUUGUUUUCAGUCACAGUUAUGCUUGCUUUGUGCUCUCACGGUAUUUCAUCAAUGGUCUUUAAAAAAUGGAGCCAGCCUAUAGCUUUCCAGUGAGUGGGUGGGUCAGUGAGUGGCUGCAGCUGAGAAGGUGAUGCAACCAUCACCUUCUCAGCAGUGCGUUCUGCUGAGAAGGUGAUGGUUGCAGCCUGCCACCUCUUCAGGACCCAGAGACGUGCAGGUGGGAUCAGAGCCUUUGACCCUUCUCACCCUGGACGUGGACUGUUUGUUCCUCUUCCCUCUGGCAGGAGGCUACGGUCCAUCCAAGUCACAGGAACAGCUUCUUCCCCUCGGCCGUCACACUGUUGAAUUCAUGAACAGCCUUACGUCUCUUACUAU